GAUUAGUUGUACGUUCACGCAUGUCGAAUUUGUUUUGAAUUUUCGUUAUCGUAUAAAAGUAAAUUUACGUUCAAUUAUAAGCAUAAUUGUUAAAAAGUGAUGGAAUAAAUAUGUGUUAUGUGAAAUGGGUAAAACAAAAUUAACGCCUUUCGUUAAACAAUGCAUUGUGACGGGUGCGGUUGGUUGUAACAUAAUCUGUAACAUCGGCUUCGUGUUUGGAUUGCCCGGCGUCCUGUUGCCCGCAUUACAGCAACCACAUUCAGAUAUACCACUCACCAAAGUCUCAGCAUCAUGGAUCGCGUCAAUUAUAAGUAUCACAACCUUGUUUGGGAACUUCGUGACACCCAGCAUCAUGGAGCGUUUCGGCAGAAGAGUGGCACAUAUGUGUGCCAGUCUGCCGGCUGUCAUCAGCUGGUUCGUCCUAGUCUUGGCCACUGACGUCCAAAUGGUAUUAUUCGCCAGAGUUCUGCAAGGUCUGUCAGCGGGCGCCAUCUUGCCGUUACGUUCAGUCCUCAUUGGUGAAUACGCGAGUCCCAAAUAUCGCGGCGGUUUUCUCACCACUGUCUCUUUGGCGCAAGGAUUUGGAAUAUUUCUGGUACAUUUCAUUGGUUCCGUAUUAAGUUGGCAAAGGAUGAGCAUCGUUUGUGGUGUCAUCGCUUUUUUAAGUCUUAUUAUGGCAUUUUAUUUACCCGAAUCUCCGAGUUGGUUGGCAGCUAAAGGGAAAUAUGAAGAGUGUAGGAAAUCGUUCCGUUGGUUGAGAGGAGAUGAAGAAGAAAAUGAAUUAGAAGAAUUAAUAGAGUCGCAAAUAAAGUUAAGGAAAAAGAGAGAAAGAGAGGAGAAUGGACCGCAGGUUAAUUGUGUUAAGAAAUUGGGUGCAGUUAUAACGAGAAGAGAGUUUUAUAUGCCUUUAAUAGUUAUAUCGCACUGCUUUGUUAUGAUACAAGUAUGUGGUAACUCAACUUUGCCGGCCUUUUCCGUUCAAGUUAUAAGACUCAUGAUGGGUCCUACUGCGAACGCACACGCCUGGAUGGUAGCGUUAGAUACUUUAAGAUUAGUGGUAAACAUAAUUGCUGUAUUUAUUAUUAAUAAGUUUAAAAGACGGACUAUUUUGUUUUCUACUGGUGGCUUGUGUACUUUCGCUCAUGUAGCAAUUGCAGGUUACAUGUUUGCUAAAUCGAAUAAUUUAUUAUCUUACGAUGCAGAAUGGAUUCCAGGAUUGUUAAUAGUAUUACAGUUUUUCUGUAUAGGUUUAGGGAUGGUACCGAUGCCCACAGUAAUAUCUGGUGAGUUAAUACCUUUAGAAUUUCGAAGUAUUAUAUCAAGUAUAGGUGUUGUUUUUCUUAGUAGUGUUAUGUUUAUAGUUUUACAAACAUUUCCCUUGUUAAUAGAUAGUAUAAAUUUAUCAGGUACUUAUACGAUAUAUGCAGCUUUAUUAAUUUAUUUAUUUAUAAUGCUUUGGUUCAUAUUGCCGGAGACGAGCGGGAAGACAUUGCAACAGAUAGAGAAUGAACUGAGAGGUGACACGACUCGAAUACAGGACGUUGAGGCUACAGUGAGUUUGAAACAAGAUGAAACUGACACAGCUAAAUCUGGAUGAUAUUACGAUAAAGGUUGCAUUUACUUAAUGAAAGAAGAUAAAUAAAUAGUUCCUAUUUUGUACAAUUUUGCUACUAAAAGAUGGCCAUUUUGCAAUAUUUUAUAAUAUUUUUAAAGUUAUUACAAGAAAAUACUUCAAUAUACGUACUUAUUAAUGUCAUUUUAAGCUCUUAUCCACACGGGCGCUUUUUAUCGCGCGUUAAAAGCGCUCAAAUAUUAGAAAACCAAUUCCAUAUUUCUGUUUAUUAGCGUUUUUCGAUUGCGAAGCUUUUUAAUCGCGCAGUGUCCAUUUCAGCGUUGAGCGAACGGAACAAGUGUGAUUUUGAAGCGAUUAACGCUCGAAAGUUGCCAACGCGGAGUUUUGAAACGGCGUUAAAAAAGCGCCCGUGCGUAUGAUCGAUUAGUUUACCAACUUAACAAUUGUAAAUUUUAAACGUACGUGUUUUUAAUGGUUGGUACUAACUCGUUAACAUU